AUGAAAUCCACCGUAAUCAACACGUCAAAGGAAAUGACCGCUUACUCAGAUUUUCCACCUGAGCCCGGGAUGGCGAAUUUCAUGCACAAUUCAGAGAUGUACAGAUACCUCAACUCCUAUGCGGAUCACCACAAUCUCAGAAAAUAUAUCAAGUUCAACCAUAAGGUUUCGAAUAUUGAACGAACUAACGAUUACAAGAAAACAGGACAGUGGAAAGUGUCACACGAAGACGGGUCCGCUAAUAAAACAACCGAAAUAUUCGAUUGCGUGUUGUUGUGCUGUGGACAUCAUGCUCUACCGCGAAUACCUGCUCCAUGGCCAGGCCAGGAUAACUUCAAAGGACGUAUUAUUCAUUCGCAUAGCUACAGAGAUCAUAAGGGAUAUGAAGACAAAGUGGUAGUUGUGGUCGGUGUGGGGAAUUCAGGAGGUGAUCUCGCUGUUGAAUUGAGCAGAAUUGGGAAGCAGGUAUAUCUGGUUACUCGCCGCGGAACAUGGGUAUGUAAUCGAAUAUUCGACUAUGGACAACCAUUCGACUUGGCUUUAAACAGGAAAUAUCUUGACAACAUGCGUGCUUUGAUUCCUGACUGGUUGUUGAAUACGGUAGUUGAAAAGAAAAUGAACCAACGAUUCGAUCACGAUCGCUAUGGGUUGAAGCCGAAACAUCGAAUUUUGGGAGCACAUCCAACCGUUAAUGACGAACUCCCAAAUCGAAUUGCUUGCGGUACUGUCCGCGUGCGCCCAAACAUUCAAAAAUUCACUGAGAAUGGUGUAAUUUUCGAAGAUGGAUCUUUUGUGGAACAUGUUGAUGAGGUGAUUUUGGCGACCGGCUUCAAAUUUCAUUUCCCUAUCGUUGAGAGUGAUAAAUUAAUUGCGGUACAUGAGAAUGUCGUCGAUCUUUUCGAGUAUAUGUACCCAACGGAAACUGCUGAUCAUAACACAAUGGCUGUGAUAGGACUUAUUCAGCCGGUUGGUUCUAUCAUGCCUAUAUCGGAAAUGCAAGCUCGGGUUUUUUACGAGAACCUUUUUGGUCAACAUAGAAUCCCUGGAAUUGAGGAGAUGAAAAAAUCAAUACAAGAAAAAAGAGAUGCCAUGGCAGCUCGAUACGUUCAUAGUCCUAGACACACUAUCCAGGUCGACUAUAUCACUUACAUGGACGAGUUGGCGGAUCUGGUUGGCUGUAAACCGGAUCUCAAAAAUUUAUUUCUUUCCGAUCCUUCGUUAGCCUUGCAGGUCUAUUUUGGUCCUUACGUUCCUUAUGUAUAUCGUUUGAAUGGGCCUCACACAUGGCCUGAGGCACGUCAAGCAAUAAUGUCCGUUGAUGAGCGAGUUUUCAAGGGAACAAAUUCCGCUCCUUACUCACAAAGCCAUGAGUAUUACGGUUACAUUGUAGCAGUACUGAUAGCAAUUCUCUUAAUGAAGUUUAUUUUUUGA